AUGUGUCGCAGCAGUGGUGACUUCAACCAGGAAAAGCGUCUUAGAAGGGAGCUGCGUCGUCAACUGCAACAAGACCGCGAUAACGAGUGGACGUCAAAAGCGAUGGAGUUCAAAAAAGCUUGGGAAGACAAGAACCCGCGGAAAGCCUACGCUCUACUAAAACAGUAUAGCGGCAAAAUGAAAAGAUGUUCUGCUGUCCUUAACACUGCCAAUGGUGUAGCUGUCGGUGAAGCAACCAUUCCAAUUUGGAGGGAUCACUUCAAGACCUUGCUGAACCGGCAAACACCUCAGCUCCUGAACUCGAGCAUGUUCGUAGGCCGACACAUGACGAGGAGCCAUCGACCGAGACGGAGGUUCUAG